CUGAUCCUGAGGUCUGAGCUGUGCUUAGCUUCUGCCAAGCUGACCUCCACCUCUACCCCUGGCCUCUGCCUCCAGGCACCUGUCCUGUGGGUCCUCGGAGGAGCCAUGGACCCCAGAGGAAAACCAAAAUGCCACUCGCUUCGUCCUGUCACGUUUUUCCUGAUCACGCUCGUCUUGGUCUUCUUUGGCGCCGGUUUCCUGAGCCCGAGAAGCCCGAUGCUGGGGAGCAGGCGAGCAGAGGCAGGCAAGGCUGGAAGGGAGCCAGACAGCCUGCAAGUUGUGAAACUAUCGAGGAUGCUGUAUCCCCAGCCCAAGGUGCUCAUUCCCUCUAGGAAAGACGUCCUUGUCCUGACCCCUUGGCUGGCCCCCAUCAUCUGGGAGGGGACCUUCAACAUUGACAUCCUGAACGAGCAGUUCCGGCUCCAGAAUGCCACCAUCGGACUGACUGUGUUUGCCAUCAAAAAAUACGUGGUCUUCCUGAAGCUGUUCCUGGAGACGGCGGAGAAGCACUUCAUGGUGGGACACAGGGUCAACUACUACGUCUUCACCGACCGGCUGGCCGAGGUGCCUCACGUGCCCCUCCGGGAAGGCCGGCAGAUGGUGGUCCUCGAGGUCCCCGCCUCCGCGCGCUGGCAGGACGUGUCCAUGCGCCGCAUGGAGAUGAUCAGCAGCUUCUGCGAGCAGCGCUUCCUCCGCGAGGUGGACUUCCUCGUGUGCGCGGACGUGGACAUGAGGUUCCGCGACCACGUGGGCGUGGAGAUCCUGUCCCCGCUCUUCGGCAGCUUCCUGAGGAAGCUGAGAUACGUGGCCGUGCCCAAGAAUCACCGCGCCAUCCGGAACCGAUGA